UAUUCCAUUGAAGCCUAACUCAUGGAAUUGUUCAAGGCUUUUCGAUUGAUUACUAUCCCAAUUACCCUCUUAAUCAUUUCGUUGACAUCGAUUAACGGGCAGAUUAGCACGCCAUGCACAGCCUCAAUGAUCAGCAACUUCACCCCAUGCAUAAAUUAUAUCACUGGGAGCAGCAGCAAUGGCACGUCACCAACACAGAGCUGUUGCAGUUCGAUAAAGUCGUUAAUGGGCACCGGCACGGACUGUGCUUGUCUUCUUAUAACUGCCAGUGUCCCAUUCCAACUGCCCAUUAACCGAACCCUGGCCCUCUCUCUUCCUCGAGCUUGUAACGUGGGGGGCGUCCCAUUACAAUGCAAAGCCUCUGCUAGUCCCUUAGCAGCUCCAGGUCCUGCCUUACUAGGGCCAACUCCCCCACCAACAGCUUCUUCCCCUUUAAGUCCAAGAGCUUCUAAGGCAGUAGCAGAAGCUCCUGCACCACAAUCUGGGACAGUUGAUGAUCUGCAGCCAACAUCUCCAUCAGUAGAAUCAGAAGCUCCAACAAAAUCUCCAACAGGAAGUGGUCGACUGACCCCAUCAGCAUCAGCAUCUACUCCAUCUUAUGUUUCCCCACCCUCUCUCCUACUCAUAAUUUUGGGACUUGUGGUUUAUAAGUCCUACUGAUAGUUAUUGCUGCUACCCUUCUUAUGCAUAUGCCGUUUUGUAUGGUAUAUCACAUUCAUAUAUCUUGUAAUAGAAGUGUGUCUCUUAAGGUCAUAUCUUUUUGGGAUCGAUUUUAAUCUGUGUAAGUUUUAUAUACAUUGUUGGCUUGACUCA